AUGGCGUUUGCCACGGGCCUGGGCGGCACCGCGGGCGCCGGGCGCGGCGCGGAGAUCGCGAGCAUGGAGCCGGUGCGGGAGCGGCUCGUCAGGGUCACCUUCAACGCCGACGUGCAUUCCAGCAUCCAGUGGAACUUCAGACCUCAGCAGAGCGAGAUCUACGUGGUACCAGGAGAAACAGCACUGGCAUUUUAUAAAGCAAAAAAUCCUACAGACAAACCAGUAAUUGGAAUCUCUACCUACAAUGUGAUACCCUUUGAAGCAGGACAGUAUUUCAAUAAAAUACAAUGUUUUUGUUUUGAAGAACAGCGGCUGAAUCCUCAAGAAGAAGUGGACAUGCCUGUCUUUUUCUACAUUGAUCCAGAAUUUGCAGAGGACCCUAAAAUGGCUAAAGUUGAUUUGAUCACCCUCUCUUACACUUUUUUUGAAGCAAAGGAAGGACUGAAGUUACCACUUCCUGGGUAUCAGUAA